UUAAAUAAAAAGUAAGAAAAAAAACUGCUAAGUUGAACACGAAUGCCCAAAACGAGUUAUAUCAUAUAUUAACAAUCCAUCUGUAACAUUAGUACAUAUGUCAUUUUCAAACCCAAUAAACUAAGGUUAUUUUAAAUUCUAGUAAACACUGGCUACUUUUUCACACAAGUAUCACAUCCAAAACUAGUUCAGAAAGGAAUAUACAAAGGAGAAAAAUAAUGCCCGAUAAUCAAAAGCCAGGAUGUAACCAACAGCUACAUCUUCUGCUCAACACAGAUGAAGAGUUGGACCCGGAAAUGAACCAGCUGAUAAUGCUGGCAAAGGAGAACGGCUACGGCGUCCAGGAAGUCAAAAAAGUCUUGCCGUCGAGAUUGAUGAAAGGUCUCAGGCAUUUCUUUUUAGGCGAAGAAAGGAGAGACCCAAGAGUCUUUAAAGGAGGAGCUCCGUGCAAGAUCCCGAACUGUCGGAAGCACGUUUUUAAACCGCUGCCGAGGAAGGGGUUCGGAAGAAGGCCGAUAACGGAUACCUUGAUGUUGAGGAAGAAACAAAGGAUCAGAAGGCAAAGACAAAUGGAAAAGAAAAAGAAGAACAAGCAGUUUCGAAUUUUCGGCAUCACUUUCGGAGGAGCAAGAGGUUGAAGACAUUUGCACUCUGCAGUAUGUCCGUCUUCGUCUUACAGUAAUAAUAAAAUGUGGAAUAAAAAGGUAUUUUUUGAAUUGU